AUGUUGAAAAUAACCAUGAGCUCACCUCGAGGAGAAAUUCUUUUCGAAACAGAGAUGACGGCCAAUGAGACAGUGGAGGACAUAAAAAACUACAUUGUAGAGAAAAUGGUUGAUAAUGAGGCAGCCAUCAAGAUAUACAGGCUGGACGGGUCGAGGAGGGAGCACAGCGUAUCUGAGAUUAAGGACAGGCUUGUGAUAUUGUACAAUGGAAAGAAGAUAUCCGACAGAAUACCGAUCAGUAUUCUGAACACGACUGGUAGUGUAUUUCUCCAGUUCGAUGUGCGUAAGUGCGAAGAGCGGAGCGGCAGCUACAUAAUCGAGCACAGCAAGAUAGAGGAUACGAUCGAUGAGAAGGAGUGCCAGAAGGGCGCGGAUGCCAGUGUUCAAUAUUUGAGUGAGUCGAAUGGUACUGAGCAAAAGCAACCGGUAGAGAUCGGCACCGAGGAUAGAAAAGCAAAAGAUGUUCAUAUAGAGUCUAACACCCACGAGAGCAUCGUGUUUGAAGACACACCCCUGUCCAACUCGUCUUUGAACAACGAGGAGGACGACAUAGAAAUGCAGCAGAUAGAGCGCAAUGUUAGCGUAAGAAAUCUUCUGACAGGGAAGGUUAUGGCUGUUGAUCCAAGAAAGGUUGUGAGACGAGACGGCCGUCUGUAUUAUUUAUCGCCACAGUCAGAGCCUGCACCCCAGGACACAAUCUUAAAAAGAUUCGAGUGGGUGUUUUUGUUUAUAACGCCCGAGACCAUCAUCAAGGCAUCGAUGAUCAUCGCACUCUUUUACAGCGGUAAUUCGCCGAUGGCAUGUGUUUUGCUCAUGAUAUUUGUGCUUACGUUUCUUAGUAGUCAGAGCAUUUUCAAUCUAUCGUUUACAAACACAAAUAUGUAUGAAAAGAUCGGCAAAUUAGCGUAUUCGUUUGUUGCGAGCAUGUUUUUGUUAUCGUUUGAAUCAUCGGCGUACUAAAAGGUGAUGACACGGUUAUUUUUAUAUUUGUUGAGCCGUGUAUAAUUAAAGUGUAU